AUGCGUCACCAGAGGAUGGAUCCUUCGGCUCGCCAUAGCGUUAUGCAGUUUUCGGAUCUGAUUCAUUCCGAGUAUUGGAGAAUGUAUAUGGGGGUUAAAGGCGGGUUUAAGCUUCCCAAGGACGCUAAUCAAGCCCCGAUCCUCCCUACCCAGAAUCUCCCAGAGGAUUUCGAUUGGAGAGAUCACGGCGCAGUGACCCCCGUCAAAAAUCAGGAAUCUUGUGGAUCGUGCUGGAGUUUCAGCACUACAGGUGCGCUUGAAGGUGCUCACUUCCUCGCAACUGGCAAACUCGUCAGCCUCAGUGAGCAACAGCUCGUCGAUUGUGAUCACGAGUGUGAUUCAGAGCAGGAAGGUUCAUGCAAAUCUGGUUGCAACGGUGGGCUAAUGAACAGCGCCUUUGAGUACACGCUCAAAACCAGAGGGCUCAUGCGAGAGGAAGACUAUCCUUACACCGGCACUGAAGGUGAGACCUGCAAGUUAGACAAGUCUAGGAUCGUGGCCUCUGUCUCCAACUUCAGCGUUGUCUCCAUCAACGAGGACCAGAUCGCUGCGAACCUUGUCAAAAACAGUCCUCUAGCUGUCGUAAUCAACGCGGCUUACAUGCAAACCUACAUGGGAGGAGUGUCGUGCCCUUACAUAUGCUCGAGGUGGCUCAACCACGGUGUGUUGCUGGUGGGUUAUGGCUCGGCCGGGUUUGCUCAGGCGAGGUUGAAGGAAAAGCCGUAUUGGAUCAUCAAAAACUCAUGGGGAGAAACUUGGGGCGAGAGUGGUUUCUAUAAGAUUUGCAAAGGCCGUAACAUUUGCGGCGUUGACAGUUUGGUCUCCACCGUCGCUGCUGCCUCCGUCUAA